AUGGAUCCCAUGCGAAGCCUUGAUAAUCCCGGCAUACCGACCACCAAGGUGGAUUCCGACGUCACCUUUACUGGCAAAUCUCAUGAGCUGCCCCGAUUGUGGUUACACUUGGACAUGAAGGCGAUGCUUGACGCCACCCUCGUGACCGACAACCGCAAAGCUGCUUACGUCGCCUCCUUGUUCCGAGAGAGUGCACUGGAUUGGCUGGCCCGUCAGUACCAGCUCCAACCUGACCGACUCACUGACUACGAGGGGUUCAAGCGAUUGUUCAACCAGGCGUGGGGCUACUCUGAGGACACCCUCAAGCUUAUGAACGAGCGAGACCUCAUCCUCAGGCAAGCCACAGCAGGGAAGAUCCAGGACUUCACCGCAUGGUUCGAGGUCCUAGCGGCGGUUCUCCAGCUUGGCACUGUCACCAAACAGCCUCUGUAUUCGUCGAAGUUACCCAAGGAACUCCAGGACAGGGGUCUCAUUGGGGAGGAGGCCUCCAUCUACGAGGACAUCACCUCGGCAGCCAAGCGUAUCGAUGAGGGCUUAAGAGCGAUUGGAGCAACGGUGGCCCCAGCCGGAGACAGGCAGCUCAUCAAGACUGAGCGAGUCAACAUGAUCUCGGUCCGCGGCGUACAACCGUACACCUCCCCAGUGGACCGGACGAUGAAGAUCACCACUGGUAAGAGGGUUUACCGGGCAGUACUCGACUUCGGGUCCGCAGUAAACUGCGUCAAAAAGGCUCCUGAUGACGAGGACGCCAUGGUCCAGAAUUCCAAUAUCGUCUUAACCGGACCCACUGCGGAGGUCCUGGUCGAGACCCCGAGGUAUUUCACUACCACCGUCGACGAUCUCCCACAUACAUUGUCCCGAAGCUCGUGGGGGAUUGCAUCCUGGGUCGCCCGUGAGAUCCAGGACGGCGGCAGGCUGCGCCCCUUGCCACGCCUUGAGGGGGAGGCACUGGACGAGUUCCUGGCCGAGGCUCUGGAAAAUAACUGGAUCCGACCCAACCAGGCUCAAGAAGCCGCCAACGCCGUUUACGUGCGCAAGAAGAAGGGCAAGCUUAGGACCUGGGUAUGCCAUAUCGGUACUUCACGGUUCUGGAUGGAAGGCACGCUUCUUUCCACCGACUUCGUGUUCGGGCCGGGGACAAACACUAGCCAGCCUUCAAAACCAACAAAGGCAUGUUCGAAAUGGUUGGUCGUGCCGUUCGGCGUAGCCAAUGGGCCAAGCUUCCAACAAAGGUGGAUGGACUUUGUGCUGCGAAACUGCGACUCCUUCUGGGCCUGUUACAUCGACGACGUCAUAAUCUGGGCAAACUCCCCAGAGGAGCUCACGGAUAAGGAAACGGAGGUCCAGGUCGCUAUACGUGAUAUCAGUCGCGCCCAGGUCACGACUCCAUUUGUCGCAGACUCGCAGCAUCUCCAGAGUAGCCCGACAACCGGGGACAUGUUGACGAAGACAUCGUCGUCGGGAUUCGUUAAGGUUGCAGGAGUGCCUCUGAAUAAGUGA